GAGGCGCUUCAACCGCUAGUCCAAACCAGGCAGGAAAAAAAAACACAGGCUACUGCUAGUGAUAGCAACAGAGCUGUAAACAUCGGGCCACUGAAGAGAUAGAAGAGAAAACUGGAACGCCACCACGGAUUUUUUGUGGGAUAAACGCACAGGCCUCGCUGCUAAAACGAUGCCUCACACGAGACGAUACUCGUCUUCGGACAGAGACAGUCGAAACAGCUACCAAGAACGCCACAGAGACCGAGACAGAGGGCGAAGACAGGGUCGAAGGCACAGAAGAUCACCUACUUACUCAUCCAGCAGCGACAGAGAGAGAGACCGAGACAGAAGGGGACGAGGACACAGACAGGAGCCAAGCUAUGUACGCUCAAGAAGUCGCAGCUAUGACAAUCGCUCAACGGAACACCGACCAUUUGACCGAAGAUACUGCGAGGGAUACAGACGGUUGGAUCAGAGCAGAGACCAUGACAGAGAGAGGGAGCCACAUGGAGCAGCCGAUAGUUACUACCCACGGGAUUUCUCCCCAAACAUGUACGACUACCGACGCGGCCGUGAGAGGGAGCGCGAGCGCGAAGAAUCAUACCGGCGGAAGGGCAGCAGGCGUAAGCACAAACGAAGGCGGCGUAGAACCAGGUCCUAUAGCCCAUCCACCUCGCCCCUGGACUUGCGGAGCGACAGCCGGACGAGGGCACUGAGUGUGAGGGACGACGAGGAAGGGCACCUGAUCUGUCGGAGUGGGGACGUCCUGCAAGAGAGAUACGAGAUUGUUAGCACUUUGGGGGAAGGCACCUUUGGGAGGGUGAUGCAGUGCAUCGAUCAUCGGAGGGGAGGAGCCCAUGUUGCUCUGAAAAUUAUCAAGAAUGUGGAGAAAUACAAGGAAGCAGCUCGCCUUGAGAUCAACGUACUAGAAAAGAUUAAUGAAAAGGACCCAGAUAACAAAUUCCUUUGUGUACAGAUGUAUGACUGGUUCGACUACCAUGGUCACAUGUGUAUCUCCUUUGAGCUGCUAGCUCUGAGCACCUUUGACUUUCUUAAGGAAAACAACUACCUGCCGUACUCAAUCGGCCAAGUCCGACACAUGGCCUACCAACUCUGUCUUGCUGUGAAGUUCCUCCACGACAACAAGCUGACACACACAGACCUAAAGCCUGAGAACAUCCUGUUUGUAAACUCAGACUUCACUAUGUCCUACAAUGUAGAGAAGAAACGAGAGGAGCGGACCGUUAAGAGCACUGCAGUACGUGUGGUCGACUUUGGCAGCGCCACCUUUGAUCAUGAGCACCACAGCACUAUUGUGUCAACACGACAUUACCGAGCCCCUGAAGUCAUACUAGAACUUGGCUGGAGUCAUCCCUGUGACGUGUGGAGCAUUGGCUGUAUCCUGUUUGAGUACUACUUGGGCUUCACCUUGUUUCAGACUCAUGACAACAGGGAACAUUUGGCCAUGAUGGAAAGAAUCCUUGGACCAGUUCCCUCUAGGAUGAUUCGAAAGACCAGGAAGCAGAAGUAUUUUUAUCGUGGCCGUCUGGAUUGGGAUGAGAGUUCCUCGGCUGGCAAAUACGUCAGAGAAAACUGCAAACCAUUACGGCGGUAUCUUCUAUCAGAGGCAGAGGAGCACCACCAGUUGUUUGACCUCAUUGAAAGCAUGUUGGAGUACGAGCCCUCCAAGAGGCUGGUGCUCGCUGACUCACUCAAACACCCGUUCUUUGAAAACGGGGGCAUCGGUGAGGCAGCAGGCAGCAAGAACUGGGAGGGAAACCGGGACAUCAGCCGGUGACCCAUAAGCCUUUAAAGACUUCUUGACGGAGGAGAUCGAGUUUUUUCUGUACGGAGCGGCAACUGUUGAAUAAACCGGGGCUUUGAAGGGUUUAUGUUAUUUGUCAUUAAAGCAUGGACACCUUAACUUCUUGCUCCUCCACCCUGCCCCUCCGACGUCCACCUCUGCAGCCACGGGAGACAUGUUUUUGCGGCAGAGACCCAAAAUAACGCACAGAAGACUGGAAACGAAUCUUUUCUAACGGUCAAAGCCUCAGUAGCGGCCAACCAAUCUUAAAUGGAAGACUGAUUAUAUCCACAGUAGCCCUCUAUGCAGCUCCUGUCUUCCUUUUGACCUCUGGACCACCUUCCUCCCUUCCGUCCAUCCGUCUAAUAUUUUCAUCAGCAUGUAAAGAAAAUAAUUCACCUCUCUAAGGAAAUAAGCAUUUCUGCUGUCAGUCAUAGAAAUCUCAGCUUUGGAGAAGAAAUGUCUUCCGAUUCUGAAGUCCAAGGGAAGGGUAAAAAGGAGAUAGAGCUGUAUAUGCAGCGUAAGUCCUCACCUACACACUUUUAAACAUGGGAGACAUGCAAGGUAUUCUGUUAUGCUAACAUCAAGUCAUUAAAAUUGAAUAUCUCUUUGGAAAUUGCUCCAGUGGAGACGGGUGUCUCAUUUUUUAUGUUGUUAAGUGAGCACUUGCAUUGCAUAUAAUUUUUCCAUGUUUCUUAUUUUAUUAUGUAUAAAAGGAAUCCCCCCCCCCCCCCCCCUAUGGAGACUCCUUAAUCUCUGGUCGGUGGGUCUGUUAUUAUUUGCCACUGAGAUGAUUAUGGUGAUGGACACUCCAGUCACGCAGGCAUCUGUUACCUGUCUUACUGAUAAAAUAUAUGUUUAUGUUAAGCGAUGCUUUCUGUGUGUGUGUGUGGGUGUGUUUGUGUGAGAAUGUAGGGGUGUGUGUGGAGUGGGUGACACUUCCAUGUUUUUUGCUCAUUGGUUUAGUUAAGCAUUAGUGAUGGGAACACAUUUAAACUUUAAAAAAAAACAAAAAACUUAAAACUGCCUUUUCCAUGUUUGACAUGGUCAGAAGUUUCUCCACUGGGGUUAAGCACACAGCUCCUGAUGUAUUUAUUAUGAGAUUCAAUAGGUCAUAGCCCCCACCCCCUCCACCCUAUACAUGACUGUGUUAUUUUUUUGUAUGAAAACGCGUGUAAAACUGUAUAUAUGUAUUAUUGUGUAGAAUUAAAGUCCUACUGGCCAAAGGCU